GUAGCGCUCAUCAUCUCUCCUGUUGCGGACUUGGACCUCCGUGCUUUCAUGGAAGCCUACACGCCUACCGAUGCAUCGAAGGCACUUUUGCGCGGCUUCUUCGGAUGCCUCCUCGCUGGCCUUGCGUAUAUGCAUCACAUGUCUAUCAGGCACAAGGAUAUCAAGCCGGCAAACAUCCUCAUUAAAGGCGAUUCCGUCUUGUACACUGAUCUGGGGUUGGCUUUCUACUGGGAAGCUGUCGGUCACAGCACGACGGAAGACAGCUCCCCCGUCGCCACGCGAAAAUAUAGUCCGCCGGAGAUCUUCACGGGCGAAAAGCGCAACACAUCUGCAGACAUAUUCUCUCUAGGGUGCGUCUUCCUAGAGAUGGCUACACUCUUAGAUGGAUCGACCUUGGAUAAGUUGCAAGAGCACUUGGCGUCUUAUGGAACGCAGAGCACAAUAUAUGGAACCAAC